CCCCAACUCUUGAAGAAUUUCAAAACACUUAAGCCUGGCAUCUUGGCAUCUUCCGGGCAGCACACUCGGGCAUUUUCAGUUCCUUUGUGUGCCCGCCCGGGGGUCUGCCCUUGCCAGGCUAUAAAGCGGGGGCCUCGCUGCGCCCCGAAACACAAGCCCGCUCAACUCCAACAAGAAGCAGCAGCUGCCCAGACUUGAGCCCAACACCACGAUGUCUGAGACCACGAAACUCGCUGCUCCCGGCCAGGCUAUGGAGGAGAAGGAGAAGGCAGCCCCAGCGCCAACUCCAUCCCUUGACCCUGCUCCCGUUGCAAACAGCAAGGGUGAGGAGCCCUCCACAGAAGCCUUCAGGAUCAUUGUCUUCGACCAGGAGAACUUCCAGGGCAGGCAGAUGGAGUUCACCACCGAGUGCCUGAACCUGGGGGACCGCGGCUUCGACCGGGUGCGCAGUGUCAUCGUCACCUCCGGACCGUAA